CUUCGACAUACUGCUUUAAUGCUUAAUAUGUGCUAUUUUAUAGCGCUCAAGAACAAUUCACCACCGUCGGUACUUUCUGAUAUCGAUUUAAGCUGCCCAGAUGAAUGGUAUAAACUCGGGCGGAAAUGCUUGAAGACGUAUCACGUCGAGAAGAGUUGGCCUCAAGCGUUGAAGAUGUGCUCUAGGUACGGUGCCCACUUAGUCCGAAUCGACACACCGCGAGAGAAUAAAUUCAUCGCGUCAUUACUUUCACGCCCCGGCAGGAGGUCGCAGCAACAAGCAUGGAUUGGUCUCGUUUCUAAGCCACAAGUAGAGGGGAUUGCUUUUCUAUGGAGUGACGGAGUACCUGCCAGUAGAUACGUGGGAUUCUGGAAGGAUUCACAUCCCGAUCAUAAAUCAGGCAGUUGCACAAUGGUGAAGCUAGAGUGGAGCAUCGAGAGCUGCAAUAUUUUGCGACCGUUCAUUUGCGAAAAGCCUUCUUGUGUAAUAGGUUCCUUCUUCUGUGCGAGCUGCGGCUGCGUUGCAAAGUCGCGGAGAUGUGAUGGCGUUCAGGACUGCGAUGAUUUUAGUGAUGAAUUGAAUUGCCCUGCGCCACCAACGGCAGUGGGCUGUCUGCAAUACGAAAAAGGCGAGUCUGGUAAGUUUUCGACACCCGACUACCCACAACCAUAUAAAGCCAAUUUAAAUUGCCGAUGGAUGAUCGAAGCACCGAUAAAUAGCCGCAUUCAGCUAACGUUCGAUGUUUUCGAGACCGAAGAAUUCGUUGAUGUCGUUACCGUGCUCGAUGGCGGGCCAGCAGGAAACAGUACAACUGGAACAAGAAGUGAGAAAUUUGAACUGGUUUCGUCAACAAACAUGGUUAUCGUUCAGUUCAGAACUGAUGCCGUUGUGCAAGCCCGCGGUUUUCAUACGCAUUGGAGAGCUGUGAAAUUCGUGUGUGGUGGUGUGCUUACAGCACAAGCUUUCGGUCAGACGUUCUCCUCUCCUCACUAUCCAGUCGACUAUCCGGCUGGAAGCGAAUGCGUCUGGACAAUUCAGGCGCCGAAAUCGCAACUGAUUACAUUAAAAAAACGGAGAAUAUUGUGGGGUCCUCACAACCAGUGA